CGGAAGUUGUCUCGGGCGGGGCCCUGGGCAGUGGUCCCUGUCGCAACCCCGCCCCGGAGCCCGGGAACUUCCACUCUGGCCUCACCGUUUCCACCUUUGUACCUGCUCACGUAGGAAGUGUUCCCCACCUGAGCGAGCUACCCUCUUAGCCGCCUGCGCUGAACUGCGAGCCUCUUGGGAACCGGGACCGGCCUGGGCGCUACUAGUCCCCGAGGGUUCCUGCGCCCGAGGACGGUGCAGACUUGCUGGACACCAAAUGUUAAAUCAAACGUAGGAGUUACUGACUGAGGACCUGGAAGCGCCAGCCAGUGGGUAAAAGCCACACAUUUGCCGUUACCGAGUCAGCAGGCUUUACUGGGGUGUCAGCUGUGUGCAGGUUCGGGGGCGCACACAGAUGUCUCGGUCUUCAAAGCAUCCCAGCUCCCAGACCGCAUGUGUGCGUGCAGUGCCUUCCUACCCUUCUUUUUAUAGCCAACGAGACGGAGACCCGGCAAAGAACCGUGUCCUAACAGACACACAAAGGCUAAUAAGGCCACUUGGCCCCCCAAGACCUGUUGGAGAUGGGGAAGUCUCAUUUGCACGUGGCGAUGGGAUGUGACUUGAAGGGAAUUAGGACAGCCGGGACUGCGUCCGGGAAAGGCGCAGUGCGCGCCGCGGGAAACCGUGCAGGUGGCCUGAGGUGAGCAAAUUGGCUGCUUUGAUGGCAGAGUCAGAGGAAGUGGCAGAUUGGGUCCGACUGCCUCCCAGCGUUUGCAGGGGCCAAGGAUGGGGCUGCCUCCCAAGAUCCAGAUGUGAGCCAGCCGGAAGACAGAGUCAGCAAGGAAUCCUCAGAUCCUGCCUAAGAGAGCCAACUGCACAGGAGCCGUGCGGGAGGAGCCCACAGGUGCAGAAGCGCCAUGGAUGGGAAGGCUGCGGGGGCUCCCCCGGACUUCCACUUCUACCCCAUGGAUCUGUAUGACCCCGAGGACCGGCUGCACCCCUUCCCAGAAGGGGCCACGCAGACAGGAAGGGAAGCCUACGCCGAGAUGGCUGAGGAGGCCAGCGAGCCCGGGGGCGUGGCCCUGGGAAAGGCCCCGAGAGCCCAGGAGGAGGAGGUGGACGAGCUGGUGCAUCUGUACGCCCUCGGGGGUGCGGGCGAGUGGGGCUCCGAGCUGGCAGACGGGAGCGCUCCCUGCGCGGAGGUUCCGGAGCAUCUGCCGCUUGGGGCGCAGAGGGACUGGCGAAGGGGGCCCGAGGCCGGGGAGCGCAGCUGCCCGGGCUGGGGCGCCGCGGGCCCGGGCCGGGACCUGCGAGAGGCCUACGGGUACGCGCACGGCCGGGCCAGCGAGGAGUACGAGUGCUAUGUCAUCCCCGAGGAGGAGGACGAGGACGAAGCCGCCCUGGUCUUCUGCGUCACCUGCAAGGCGCCAGUAAGGGCGCUGGAGGUUUCGGACGAGCACGGGGAGCACGAGGUGACGGCCCUCGACAAGGCCCUGGAGAGCGCCAAGGAUGAAGUUCACAAAAACAUGUUCAAACUGGAAAAGCAGAUUCUCGAGAUGGAGAAUUUUGCAAAUCACUUGGAGGAGGUUUUCAUCACGGUGGAGGAGAACUUCGGGAGACAAGAACAGAACUUUGAGUCACAUUACAAUGAGAUCUUGGAAACACUCGCUCAAAAAUAUGAAGAAAAAAUGCAAGCUCUGGGGGAGAAAAAGAAAGCCAAGUUGGAAGCCUUGUAUGGACAGCUGGUCGGCUGUGGGGAAAACCUCGACACCUGUAAGGAGCUCAUGGAAACCAUUGAGGAGAUGUGCCAUGAGGAGAAGGUUGACUUCAUCAAGGACGCUGUGGCCAUGGCUGACAGACUUGGGAAGUUCCUGAAUACAGACACAGACGUGGAGAUCACUACACAGCCCGACUUUGAAGACCAGACUCUGGACUUCUCCGACGUGGAGCAGCUCAUGUGCUCCCUUCACACCCUCCCGGCUCCUUCUGCUCCAGUGAUAAACCCACAGGCCCCCAACUCUGCCACGGGGUCCUCCGUCCGAGUGUGCUGGAGCUUAUACUCUGACGACACUGUGGAGAGCUAUCAGCUGUCCUACCGGCCAGUGCGGGACAGCGCACCCGGGAAGGACCAAGCAGUGUUUACAAUGACUGUCAAGGAAACGUACUGCUCAGUGACAAAUCUUGUGCCAAACACCCAGUAUGAAUUUUGGGUCACAGCUCAGAACAAGGCCGGCUCCAGCCCCACUAGUGAGCGUGCAGUGUACAUGACAGCGCCUUCCCCUCCCAUCAUAAAAAGCAAAGAGAUACAGAGCUGCGAAGAGGCCGCACUCAUCUGCUGGGACUCUGGAAACCUGAAUCCUGUGGACUCGUACACAGUGGAGCUGACGCAGGUGGAAACACCCGAAGCCUCGGGUGUAACCGAGUCGGUGGUGGGCAUCCCAGCCUGCGAGUCCCUGGUGCAGCUGCAGCCCAGGCAGAGCUACACGAUGUCCGUGCGAGCCCUCAACAUGGGGGGCCCCAGUGCCAGGAGUGACCCCGUGACAGUCCACACCACAGGCAGCCGCUUUCCCCUGAACCAGCACACCUGCCAUCCCUGGCUGACCGUGGCUGACGACGGGUUUACGGUGGUGCGAAGCGAAAGGGAAGCCCCCCCGAAGGAGCCGCUGCCUGGCAACACCCGGUUUAGCAGGUGUGUUGCCAUCAUGGGGAAUCUAAUUCCAGUCCGAGGGCGCCACUACUGGGAGGUGGAGGUGGAUGAGCGGGCCGACUACACAGUGGGCGUGGCCUUUGACGAUGUCCCUAAAGAGGAGGACCUGGGAGCAAACCGCCUGUCUUGGUGCAUGAGGCACAGAUUUGCAUCAUCGAGGCACGAGUAUGAGUUCCUGCACAACAAGACGACUCCAGGUAUAAGAAUAACAGUGUCCCCAAGGAAGAUCGGCGUUCUGUUGGACUAUGAAAACUCAAAAUUGUCCUUUUUCAAUGUGGACAUUUCUCAGCACCUUUACACGUUCAGCUGUCAGCUCCAUGGAUUUGUGCAUCCCUGUUUUUCUCUGGAAAAGCCUGGCCGUCUGAGGAUACGUAAUGGCAUCGCAAUGCCCACGCACGUCACUUUCUAUUAGACCGUCCUGAUGCCCGGCUUCCUGUCGCUGUUGUGGUCCCUCCCCUCCCAGCCGCUCAGCCCUCAGCCCGUGGGCCGGGCACUGAAGCACCACGCACCCGGCCCCAGUCGGCUCCCGCUCUCCUCUGGCAGACGGGUGUGCUGACGCUCGUCUCGGCGGACCUGGGCUCCAGGCCCUCGCUGCCGCCCGUGUGAUGUUCGGUGCGUCCCCACCAGGCCCGGCUGUCACGUGAGGGCUCUGCCAGCGUGAACCCAGAGGUCCUUCAAGUGGUCAGGCCGUAGCGGUCUAUUUUUUUAUAGGCAAAGUGUCUGAAUCUCCAAGGCCUACAGAGCUCAGGCUGAGGGCGAGAGAAUGGGAGGGAGGCGUGUGACACCGGUGCUGUGUCACCACGGCCGGGAACAGACCUGCAAAGACGAGGGGCCGUCCACAAAGAAAAGCGGGGAAGCCAUGCGCCUUCCCCUCUCCUGUGUUCCCAGCACUGUCGGCGCUGUGAUGAGGGUCUCCCGCUGCGCAGUGACGCCGUCCCUGUCCUUCACCGAACCCCCCCGCUCAGGCUUUGCAGUGCCCUCUGCCGUGCCCGAUUCCGUGAAGGCGGGUCGGGGUCUGUCUUGUUCAUCGUCCAGUCCCUGAGGCCUACCCCGUGAUGAACAGGUUCCCACCGCCUCUGGGAUGAGUCCGUGUCCUCUCCAUCCAGCCACCGCCCGUGGGUGCGCUCUCCCUGCUCUUCGGCUGAGGGACGGUGGGGCCCCCUCAAAACCAGCACAGGACGCGCGGCCGGGAGACACCACGGAGGGGAGGCGGUAGGAAGGCACAGAAGGGCCCCUGCAGCUUGAUGGCAAGAAGGGGACACGGACUACUCCGUACCACCACAUGGAUGCACUUUCGCUGCAUCGACGACGGGCCGGGGAAGGAACAAGGAACACACAGACGUGAGUGGCAGCUGAUCCUAGGAGCCGUCCCAUAGAGAGACCAUCCCAUAACGAGAACCAGGUUCGAAAUCAGAAGACCCACACUGGAUCGCUAGUCUGUAGCUGCUUUGCCUUCAACCCUAGAAAAGUCCCACUAUCUUGAAGCGCUCCUGUUUCCCUUUAAACAGAGAAAAACUAGUACUUGUUUCAUAGGACAGGAAGAUUCCCAGCGACCGUGAGAGGGCACGACAGUGUAGGGCGCAGAGCGAACGCGCGGCAGCUUCUGGAGACAGCAGCCCACCGAGACCCGAGACAGCUCUGGCGGGUGGCCUCCCGCCGGCAGCUCUGGGACUUCCGGCCCGGCUGCUCUCGUGCCAUCCUGCGACCGCGGGACCCGGCCCCGCUGGCUGCAUCCCCAGUUCUGCAGCCCCAGAGGGCGGCCGUCUCUCAGACUCUGCACACAGCACCUCCCCGUCGCAGAGCGAGUGACUCGUCUGUGAGGAAUUCGCAGACCGUUCUGUGUCCUGCCCUGUGGAGGCCUCUCGAAGCAGACAUCACCUCAUCACUCCGGGCUUUCUGUGAACUGCAAACGCCAUGGCUCUAGAAUCUUCUGUUUCCUAGCACACUCGAAGUCCGACAGUGAACACCCCUCCUGUCUCCAGCUCGGCCUGUGAUGUGAGCAGCAGCUCAGAUCCCUGACUUCACAACCCACCUUGACGAUAUCCCAGCUCCUUAGUCGCACACACACACGCACACGCGCACACACGCGCACACACACCUGCCUGCCACGCUGCAUCACUGGCCUGAAAUCAGGAAGGUACGGCCCGCGUGAGCACAGACGGUUCAGGUCACAGACACACGCGUGCAUCCAACCCUGUUCUCAGCUCCAGAGGCAGAAACUGCAGCAGGAAGUAGGACAUCGC